AUGCCUUCGCAGUUCCGACAUACCAUACCAUCCGAGCGCUUCCCUGUCGAAAAGGGCCGAUACGUGCUGUACAUCAACUACGUCUGUCCCUGGGCACACCGAACAACCAUCGUACACGCUUUGAAGGGGCUCGAGGAUGUCAUAGAGUUGGUGGAGGUCGAUGCAAGGGACGCAUCGCAUGGCUGGUUCUUCUCUGGGCGUAGCGGGCCCAAGAAAGACCCCGUGUCUGGCGCGAGAUGCCUGAAAGAGAUCUAUCUGAAGGCAGAUCCAAGCUUCAACGGGAGAAUCACCAUCCCUUUGCUGUGGGAUCAACGCCAGGGUACUGCCGUCAACAACGAUAGCGCCGACAUCAUCCGCAUCCUGUUCGACGCAUUCGACCCUCUUCUUCCUCCGGAGCGUCGCGAGGUCAACAAGGGUGUGGCUGCCUUCAGACCCCCGCAUAUUCUGAAAGAGAUGGAUUGCCUUCUCUUAUGGGUAUUCGACACGAUUAACAACGGCGUGUACAAGGUCGGCUUCGCGACAUCGCAGGCAUCCUAUGAUGAACAUGUCAGCAAGCUCUUCCAGUCGCUGGAUCGUCUGGAGGAUCAUCUUUCACAACCCAAGCACUACCCCUACCUUUUUGGGCAACAUAUCACCGAGGCCGACGUUCGCUU